AUGCCACCUAAAAGACCACUUUCAACCUAUAUCAAUGAAGAAGAAGAUAAUGCGAAGAAGCAGAAGAAUGAUCGUGAAGAUAGUCCCAAAUCUGAAGCUAUAAGAAGAGCAAAAGAAAGAAUUGCACAGUUAAGAGAACAAAGAAACACUCAAACAACAAGUCCCACUUCAAAACCAGAAACUACUACUGCCUCACAUCCAAAACCCGAGAAGCCUGCAAAGUUAUCAUUAAGUGAAAGAAUUGCUAUAGCUAAAGCUCAAUCUCAAGCUAAAGUCAAAAAAGAUGAACCAUCAAAUAAUGUUGAAAAAGGUCGUGGUUUAAAUGUUGAAUUACAUCCACUUUUACAAGGAAAAGAAGAUGUUCCAGUGAAGCCAGUAGAUAAUCCUAAUAUCAAUAAAGUUAACAAAAGAGGUUAUAAAGUGAAUCCUUAUCUUGCUGAUCUUGAUACUUCUAGGAGAAAACGUGAAUUGAAAUUUAAUGAAUCAGGUAAAUAUAUUCAACAGGCAAAUGAAGUUAGAAAGGAACAAAGAUUAGCUGAAUUAAAGAAAAAGAUUGAAGCAAGUACAAAGAAAGCUGGUUUAGAACCUGAUCUAGCUCUUGGUGAAGAUAAAUAUAAAAUUGAAAAACCUCCACAAGUUGAAUGGUGGGAUAUUCCAUUACUUAUUGAAGGUGAUUAUAAUAAGAUAAAUUAUGAAGCCAUUUCACCAUAUAUACAACAUCCAGUUCCUUUAAAUGCACCAUGGGAACGUCAUUUACCUCCAUCCAAACCAAUGUAUUUAACAAAGAAGGAAAUGAAGAGAAUACGAAGAAAUGAUAGAAGUGAAAGGUAUAAAGAACAACAAGACCGUAUAAAAUUAGGAUUAGAACCAGCACCACCGCCAAAAGUCAAAUUGAGUAAUCUAAUGAGUGCCUUAACAAAUGAAGCUAUAAAAGAUCCAACUGCAGUGGAAAAAAGAGUUCGUAAAGAAGUUGAAGAAAGAAGAUUACAACAUAUAGCUACAAAUGAAGAAAGAAAAUUAACUAAGGAACAAAGACAUGAAAAAGAACAAAUUAAGUAUGAAAAAGAUUUAUCAAAAGGUUUCCACACUGCAGUUUUCAUUAUUGAUCAGCUUGUACAUCCAUCUCAUAGAUUUAAAUUGGAUACAAAUGCUAAACAAUUAAAUCUUGUGGGGACUAUGUUAUAUAAUAAUCAAUUUAAUUUAAUCAUUGUGGAGGGAAGUGAAAAAAAUAUCAAAUUUUAUAAAAAAUUAGUAUUAAAUAGAAUAAAAUGGACAGAUGAUGUUACAGUGGAAGGUAUAGAUUAUAAUUUAUCACAAAACAAAUGUGAAUUAUUAUGGGAAGGUCAAUUAAGAGAUUUACAUUUUAAGAAAUGGUCACAAUAUCAUGCAGAUGAUGAACAAACUGCAAUUGAUUACUUAUCAAGAUUUUCAGUUGAAAACUACUGGAGAGAAGCAAAGAUUAAAAGACAAUGA